UUUCCUUCUUCACUCUCGUCCACUGUUUUUUUUUCCGGUGUGUGUGCUUCCUCUCUCUCUCUCUCUCUAUUUUAUUUUAUUUUUUAUCAUUGCAUUCUUCAAGUUAAUAUGGUGAACAGCAAGCAACACAGCGUUAUUCCGACGUCUGUAGGCCUAUCGUUGGGAUUUGUCGGCAUUAUAGGGCUUGUGCUGUCCCUUAUCUCGCUGUUGCCUCUUAAUAUCUACAACAUCACUAUCAGUGUGCAAACGCUAAGUGACGUACUGAAAUAUGAGAUGAAUGAAACCCAGGAUUGGCGCCAGUUCUCAGCCGAGGGUAUACAAUAUGCAAGUUUUCUGGCGGGGGCCAUUGUGUCGUCGCUCAUCACGGUCAUUCUUGUAUUUGCGACAUGCUGCUGUCAUCGUCCACGGCCCAGCUGGGAGACCGGGGAAUUGGACAGUUUUCACGGCGACAUGGCGAUCAGUGAGCUGGAAAACAGUUGUGAAAGCGGGCACCGUAGGAAUGGCAGUCUGUGGUUAAGCCGGUUGGGCUGUCUAAUUUUUGUGCUUCAAAUCGGCUGGGCGUCGUUCGGGACCCACGUUUUGUUCAACACAGACAGCCACCGGUUUCCUACGACGAUCUAUCCAUCGACGAUGGUGGUUGUUUGUAUCUUGUGGCUUAAUUAUAUAAUCCUGAUACUGUUUGCUUUUAUCCUGUUUUGUGCGUCCAUAUUUAUUCUGCUUGGUACAACUUCCAACAAGUCAAAGGAAAAUACCGCGAAACCAUCCCUUGGACGAAAUGCCACUCAUUCUCCUGCCGAUCAUCAUGACGAUACGGACGACGAAACCGCUCCGUUACUUGGAUGAGGUUUCCCCAUGUAUAAAAAAUAAUAACGAUUCCCCAUGCAUAUAAUAAUAGUUGCAAUAUGUUUAUAUGUAUCAAAGCAUACUGUUGUGUAUACCUCUUUUUUUUUUUUCUAAAUAUUCCCU